GAUAUUACUCUUUGACUAAUCAUUAUAGUCUAAACUAUUAUAUUACUAAACUCUGAAGUCAAGCAGAUAAACACUAAAGUCUAAACAAAAACACAGUAGUCACUGGUCAGUGGUCAGUGAGUCAGAAGUUUAGAAAUGAGUAGGAAAUUCCAAGCUUUUUAGAAAAUAUAAUAAAUGUUAUGUUCUUGUUAUUGUGACAAAAGGUCACAAUUACAAGUAAGCAAUCUGUUGAAAUGAUAUAGUCACAAGUGAAUUUAUCCCUUGACUAUUUACUAUAAAUUUUUAAACAAUGAGCAAAUCGGAAUUAAGCAGUAUAGUGGAAACUUCUUCGGAUACUGCACAACUCAUCAGUACUGACGAUGCGAGUACAUCAAACUGCGCGCAAUUGAAUAAUCUUUCUACGGAUCAGAAUGAAGAUGACGAAAUUCAAGGGAGUCAUGGAGUGAGAAGAAGGCAGCCAGUACAAAAAAUAGAACCUGGAUCUCUGAAUAUAUUAUCAGCAAAGUAUGAAAGUUUAGACUAUGAUACUUGUGAAAACCACUUACUUCUAGAUGAGGAAAGGAAAAGAGGCUAUACAUUUGUUGUUUGGAAGGACAUAGCGAGGUGGUUCAUUGUGCUGCUCAUUGGUGUUAUAACUGCACUAAUAGCAUUUACAAUUGACAUCUGUAUCGAAGAGUUCUCGAAUAUUAAAUAUAAACAGCUGAAGAAGUCUGUGGACAAGUAUAUACUAUUGGAUAAGCUGUACAUACCUUACCUACUGUGGGUGUUAACAAACAUAAGUAUUGUGUUCAUAGGAUCUAUGCUGGUUGCUUAUGUUGAACCAGUGGCAGCAGGAAGUGGUAUACCACAAGUGAAAUGUUACUUAAAUGGUGUGAAAGUGCCCCGAGUGGUGAGGAUAAAGACGUUGUUCGUCAAGUCUGUGGGUGUCAUAACAGCUGUGGUCGGUGGACUCGCCGGUGGGAAGGAAGGUCCCAUGAUACACAGCGGGGCCGUUGUCGCCGCCGGGAUAUCUCAAGGCAAGAGCACCACCUUCAACAAGGACUUCAAGGUUUUCGAAUACUUUCGUGAGGAUCAUGAGAAACGGGACUUUGUGUCUGGAGGUGCCGCAGCCGGUGUCGCCGCAGCUUUCGGCGCUCCUAUAGGUGGCGUGCUAUUUUCACUGGAAGAAGGCACCAGUUUCUGGAACCAAGCGCUAACAUGGCGGACGUUCUUCGGCACGGUCGUCGCAACGUUCACGUUAAACUUCGCCCUGUCCGCGUACCACGGACAUCCCGGCGAUCUGAAUUAUUCAGGUCUUUUAAAUCUGGGCAAAAUGGAGCCGUUUUCAUUUCAAUUCUACGAGUUGCCAGUGUUUAUACUUUUUGGUGUCAUCGGUGGUCUGCUCGGAGCUUUAUGGAAUCAUAUCAAUUAUAAAUUAGCUAUUUUCAGAAUAAGGUACAUUAGCAGUCCUUGGCUUCGUGUUGUCGAAGCGUGUCUGGUGGCAGCGGUGACGGCCACCUGUGGGUUUCUCAUGAUGUUCCUGCUGAACGACUGCCGGCCGCUUGGUGAGGACCCCACCAAGGUGCCGCUCCAGCUUUUCUGCGCAGACGGUGAAUACAACGCGCUCGCUGCCAUCUGGUUCCAAACCCCGGAAGCGUCGGUACGGUCAUUCCUGCACGACCCUUUGGGCUCUUACAAGCCAGUCUCCUUGCUGGUGUUCGUGUUGAGCUACUUCCUGCUAUCCACUUGGACAUUCGGUGUGGCGGUUUCCAGCGGAUUGUUCAUACCGAACCUGCUCACCGGCGCCGCCUGGGGGCGACUGUUGGCGAUAGUGAUACAAUAUAUGUUACCCUCCUCUAACAUAAACCCAGCGAAGUACGCUCUGGUGGGUGCAGCGGCCCAGUUAGGUGGUGUAGUCCGAAUGACCAUAUCUCUCACCGUCAUCAUCAUUGAGACCACGGGCCAGAUCUCCAACGCGCUGCCGGUCAUCAUCACACUGGUCGUAGCAAAGUGGACCGGAGAUUUCUUCAACGAGGGUAUAUAUGACAUCCACAUCCAGCUCGCAGGAGUCCCGAUACUCCCAUGGGAGCCCCCGCCGCUCACGCACAACAUCUACGCGUCCGAGGUGAUGUCCCACCCGGUCUUCACGCUGAGGACUGUCGAGAAUGUUGGCCACAUUGUUGAGAUACUGAAGCUGGUUUCAUACAACGGCUUUCCCGUUGUAGACCCGCCUCUCAUUGAUGAGGCUGAAGUACCGACGUACAAGCGGUUACGAGGAAUGAUUCUGCGGUCGCAGCUGAUAGUGCUGAUACAGAACAAGAUAUACAACGAAAAUGCCAACACCACCUGGUCCAACCUCAAUGUGGACAUGAAUAUGUUCCGCAAGGAAUAUCCCAGAUACCCAUCCAUAGACGAGUUAGACAUUUUAGAUUGGGAAAAGACAUGUACGAUAGAUCUCAGACCGUUCAUGAAUCCAUCUCCGUAUACGUUGCCACACCGAGCGUCGCUGCCUCGACUGUUCCGGCUCUUCAGGGCAUUGGGGUUGCGGCAUCUGCCCAUCGUGAAUGACGUCAAUGAGGUUGUUGGGAUGGUGACCCGAAAAGACAUUGCACGGUACAGAGUAUGGAGACAUCAUUGUCAUAUGGGCAUGGAGGAACUACUCCUAUCUAGCGAAAUUUAGCAUAUUUAAACUCUAGAAAUAAAAAUUAUAUGAUAUUAUUUUAAUUUAAGAAUCAUGUAGAAUUCAAAUCAUCAUCAUCAUGUUAUGAAUCUUUAUUUAAAUCUAUCUUUGAACUUCCUUAAAUCAUAACUAAAUCGUCAUCAGCAAAUACAAUUUCCUUAUAUUAUGUAUGUCUGUUUAGUUACAUAAUAUACCAAUUAUUGAAUAUUAAUAUUGUGUGAUAUAAUAAUAAAUUAGGUUAAUUGUGUCGGUUAGCAACCAGUUGGCUGUGUUACACACUUCAGGUGAGUAGAUAUAAAAUGUUCUCUGCACGCAACAUAUUACAUUGUAUAUGUUAAUCUAAGUUUGUCCAAAAUAUAGUCUAGUUGGGAUAUAAAAAAUAAAUUAUAGUACAUUUACAUAUUACACAUAUAUAUACAUUUAAAAUGCUGCAAGUGUUUGUCAUGCACACUAGAAUAAUAAUAAAGUAAUAAUCUAAACAUGACAAUUAUGAAGCACUCUUUCACUUACAAAAACAAGAAUAUAAAUAAAAACAAAACAGAAAGAUUCGGAUAGUUAUAAUAUUGAUUGUAUUUGAAAAUGAUUUUUAUCUAGGAUUAAAAUCUAAGGAGAAAACAGUUGAGAAUAUUUGUAUAGAAAUGGCCACUAAGUAAUGCUUCAUUUAUUAUUUCAGUAUAAUGUUAUACAAUUAUAAAUAUAACUGUACCAUUUCCUGUUGCCAAAGAUCUUUAGUAAAAUUAUUUGAACUAUAUUAAGAGAAAGAGAAUGAUAUUAAAGAUGUUUAUUAUAUAAAUAAUGUUAGAUAUUAUUUAGAAAAUAUGUACAUUAAUUAUCUGUAAUAUUAUAUAAAUAUGUGCUCAAGGUAAAUAAAAUGUAUAAUAUA